AAAGUGUAUGUAUCCACAAAAAAUCUUAGUAAGCUGUCAAAAAAUUGAUACACAAUUUUAAACUCUAAAGGGUGUAUCCACACUGAUCCAACAUCACAUAUAUAAUACAUAGGCCGGCGCGCUCUCGUUUCAGUCGCGUUUUGUUUGUGCGAGUGUUCAGUGCACUAUAUACAAUUAUUAUUUUAUAUAAAGAUUAGACCAGAUUCCAGGAAUAAGCUCUCCACAUGAUGACGUCACACAGACUUUGCGGACUCAGGUUGAGCUGGGCUGGAGUUCUAACUGUCCUGUUAUAUCUGAUUGACAGGUCUAUAGCAGCUCUAGACGGCUAUGUCCCGGGAGAAGACUACCCAAUAUACACAGAAGUGCCUCAAGGACUAUCCUUCACUUGUGAUGACAAGAUACCCGGAUAUUAUGCUGAUCCAGAGACCAUGUGUCAAGUAUGGCAUUGGUGCGUGCCUGGUCUCGGCGGCAACCAGAUGUACUCGUUCUUGUGCGGUCCAGGAACUGUCUUCAACCAGAGAACCAGAGUUUGCGACUAUUUCUACAAGGUGGACUGCCCGAACUCACAGGCUUACUACAGCGUAAAUGAAGAUCUAUACAAGGACGAGGCCGGCAACUACAUCAAUGGGAAAAAGUAGAUUUAAAAUAGAGAUGGGCCAACUAUUCGAAAAUCGACUAAAGAUUUUAUUCGAAAACCAAUGACUGAAUGAAAUAAUUGAAUAAUAAUUUAAUUAUUUUUGAUGUUUAUUCAA